UCAACAGUUGAUAAUCAUUGUGAUAGCAAAAAGCAUAAAUCAAAUAAAAGUAAUUUUGAAGUUCAAGAACAUGCUAAAAAGCAAAUAUCUAUCUGGGAUAGUUUAAGUGCAGUGGAUAUUAAAAAUGAGGAUAUGUUGGAUUAG